AUGUCGUCAGAACCACUAUUAGGUACACCUGGAACAUCAUCCUCGCCAUCACCGACACUAGCUAAAAGGAAAGCAAUCCUCACUACUGUCGUAGUUCCCAUCCUUCUGUUGGCGGGGAUUAUAUUCGUAGCUAUCAAAGGCGAAGGGAUACCGAAGGAUGAUUUAGGUAAAGCUAGGUAUUAUCUCAAGAGUUCUCCCGUACUCGACGGUCAUGUAGAUCUACCCAUAGCUAUGCGAGAGAUCUACGGGAAUAAUUUAUCCGCUUUUGAUCUGGAUGGACCAUUACCUGGACAUUAUGAUACUUCCCGAGCACGUAAAGGUCACCUUGGGGGUUUCUUCUGGGCCAUCUUCACGGAAUGUAGGGAGGAAGAAGAAGGAAAGGACUUUAUGAUUCCCAGUGUGACCGUCCGAGACACACUCGAGCAAAUUGACCUCUCUGUCAACCUCAUCGAAAAACAUUCGUCCGACUAUGCCUUGUGUAGGACUGCAGAUGAUGUAAUGGCAGCUAUACGUGCCGGAAAAAUCGCCAGUCUUUUGGGGAUGGAAGGUGCUCACAUGUUGGGUAACUCGCUAGGGGUCCUCCGUACCUACUAUGACUUGGGAGUCAGAUAUCUUACCCUUACACAUAGUUGCAAUAAUGCCUUUGCCGAUUCAGCAGGUAUAUUUGGUGAUGUCGAGGAACGAUGGGGUGGAUUGUCACCUUUGGGGAGAGAAUUAGUGAAGGAGAUGAACCGACUUGGUAUCAUAGUGGACUUAUCACAUGUUUCCGACAAGACGGCUUUGCAAGCAUUAUCUAUCACCCGAGCUCCCGUCAUGUGGUCUCACUCUUGUGCUAGACAUUUCAACGAUAUGCAACGUAACAUUCCCGACGAGGUCCUCGACAAAGUCGGGAAAGGUAAAGGAAAAGUGGAUGGUGUGGUGAUGGUAAACUUUUACAACAACUUUGCGCUUCCUAAGGAUCAAGCCCCAUUCGCGAAUGUCAGCACUAUAGCGGAUCACAUUGAAUAUAUUGCGGAUCGUAUCGGUCGUCAUCACGUGGGUAUCGGAUCAGAUUACGAUGGUGUCGAAGUAACUCCAGCGGGAUUGGAAGAUGUUUCUAAAUAUCCUAACCUCUUUGCCGAGUUGAUCAAGAGAGGUUGGAAUCAACGCGAUCUAUCUCUUUUAGCAGGAGGAAAUUUACUUCGUAUCAUGCGUGGUGUAGAAGAUGUCAGUAAGAAACUUCGUAAACAUGAAAGUCCAAAUAUGGCGAAAUAUGAUAAAAGACAUGAUUUAGAUGGACACAAAAUAGAUUUUUGA